AUGUUUGAAGUGCCGGAUGCAAAGCGGGUCCGCCGCGAUGAGCUACAGUCGCCCGCCUCAUCACCACGGUCCUCACCAGAUCCAGACCUUGAAGCGCUCCUUCGUUCCAAAAUAAACACCCAAUUCACCUACACGACUGCCGAGAACGAUGCCGAUGAUGUCGCGCAAAGCGAUGAAGACGAGACAGAGCUGCGACUCUUCGCUGCGCCCGCAAAUGCCGCUCCACAAUCCCAUAGGAUCCGAAUUUCAUCCCCAGACGCCGAUAGCGGAGAGCCAGGACUGAUCUUGAAGAAACCACGGAGCUACUAUUUCGCCGACGAACCCACAAGCGACGAGGAACAAGAGUUCAGAGCGGCGGCUAUAGAUGGGAGGAGCGUCCUGGAGCUGUCGCAGCAGCCAUGGCCCGGUUGCGCCCUGCCGUGGAAGGUGCGCAAGAUAUCACCAGCUGGCAUGAGUAAGGAGGUACUGGUUGGCCAUCCUCCCAUUCUAGUCACCGUCGAGGAUAAGGCACCUAAGCGCACAAGGAAGGGCAAGAAGUCACGCAUAGCCAUUAGGAAGAAGCUACAGGAGGCAAAGGACAAGGAGAGCGAAGCAGCACGUCUUGCACGGGAGAAGGAAGAGGCCAAGCGCGAGAAGAACACACGGAGGAAUCGAGAAAAGAAGCUCAAGCAGAAGGCAAAGCAGCAAGCUAAGAAGGCAUCGGAUGGCGCUCCUGAAGGCGCCGCAGACGGAAUGGAUGGUGUGGAAGCUACCGCGACGGAGAACCAACCUGUUGGUGAUGAGUCGACAUGA